AUGGUCAUCUUUGACAAGUAUUUUGACCUAUCUGUGCCAAAGCUCAAAGCCAGGAUCGUCUACUACGGGAUGUUGCUGCUUCGUCGGACCAACUACCUGGGGGCGGUCUCCUCGGUGGUGUGGCUGAACAUGAAGUUUCUCGGGUCGAGCUUGCUGCAGAAGAUGAAAGUGAACGUGAACGUCACUCUUCGGGUAAUUAGUGAUGCUUCGAGUGAUAAUGCCGCGAGUGACAGUGGUUCGGGACGUACUGGGCCUGUGAUCCAGGCGAGGAAGGAGUCGACUUCGGGGAAGACAACAGUGACGAGUACUUGGACCUUUAUGUCGACUUCCAGUUCUUCCAGCUGCACUCUGUCGACUUCCGAUGAGACGAAGUCGAGGUGCAAUUGGAAAUCGAAGUGCAUGUAUAAGAACUGA